CUGCUGUCCACUAAAAUGGGCCUGAAAGUCACGUGGGACCCACCCAAAGAUGCUACCAGUAGACCCGUGGAGCAUUACAACAUUGCCUAUGGGAAGUCACUGAAAAGUCUUAAAUACAUCAAGGUGAAUGCGGAGACCUACUCCUUCCUUAUCGAGGAUGUGGAGCCUGGGGUAGUGUACUUUGUGCUGGUAACUGCAGAAAACCACAGUGGAGUGAGCCGUCCGGUUUACAGAGCAGAAAGCCCACCUGGAGGUGAAUGGAUCAAGAUUGAUGGUUUUCCCAUCAAGGGUCCAGGACCAUUUAAUGAAACCGUCACAGAAAAGGAAGUGCCCAACAAGCCCUUGCGUGUGCGCGUCCGGUCCUCAGACGACAGGCUGUCCGUUGCGUGGAAGGCGCCACGUAUGUCUGGAGCCAAGAGUCCACGCAGAUCACGGGGUUUUCUCCUGGGCUACGGGGAAAGUGGCCGGAAGAUGAAUUAUGUUCCACUGACAAGAGAUGAGCGAACACACGAAAUUAAAAAGCUAGCCUCAGAGUCAGUGUACGUGGUCUCCCUGCAGUCUAUGAACUCCCAGGGGCAGAGCCAGCCAGUCUACAGGGCUGCCCUAACGAAACGGAAGAUCUCAGAAGAAGAUGAGCUGGACAUACCUAAAGACAUCAGUGUCCGGGUUAUGUCAUCCCAAUCUGUGCUUGUGGCCUGGGUGGAUCCUGUCGUGGAAAAACAGAAGAAAGUUGUUGCAUCAAGACAGUACACUGUGCGCUACCGAGAGAAGGGGGAAUUGGCCAGGUGGGAUUACAAGCAGAUCACAAACAGGCGUGUGCUUGUGGAGAACCUGAUUCCAGACACUGUGUAUGAAUUUGCAGUCCGUAUCUCACAGGGUGAAAGAGAUGGCAAAUGGAGUACUUCCGUCUUCCAAAGAACACCAGAAUCCGCUCCUACCACAGCUCCUGAAAACUUGAACGUCUGGCCAGUCAAUGGCAAACCUACUGUUGUCACUGUAUCUUGGGAUGCACUACCUGAGACUGAGGGGAAAGUAAAAGAAUACAUUCUUUCAUACGCCCCGGCUCUCAAGCCAUUUGGAGCAAAGUCCCUCUCCUAUCCUGGAGACACUACUUCUGCCCUGGUGGAUGGUCUGCAGCCCGGGGAACGCUACCUUUUCAAAAUCCGAGCCGCCAACAGGAGAGGCCCAGGACCUCACUCCAAAGCCUUCAUUGUCACUAUGCCAACAACCAGUAGCCGUGAGGCGAAUGUUCGGCAAAACACAGAGGAUGAUGGGAAACCUGAAAAACCUGAGCCUUCCUCAUCUUCUCCCAAAGCCCCAGCUUCCUCAAAACACCCUCUUCUGCCUGUUUCUCCCAGAGGUGGAAAUGUCAAGGACCUUCUUCUUGACUUGAAGAACAAAAUACUGGCUAAUGGUGGGGUGCCCAGAAAACCCCAGCUUCACCCUAAGAAGACUGAAGGGGUGGAUCUUCAGUCAACAGAAGUCACCAGUGAGGAGGAGCCAGAUUCCCUCGAGGACCCACCCACGUCCCCCUUGGAGACCCAAGACCAGAGGCGAGCUCUGAGGCCGAUAAGCAGACAUGGCCACUCGGUUGCUCCUGGCAGGACUCCAGCGAGGGCCCGGACACCAGUGCUGCCCCGCAGAGAAGGCGUAGAUCAGCGUGGCUCCCUACAGGCCACUCACCCCCGUACAGGGGCAGCCUCCUCCACAUCGGCCUCUCCUGCCCACCACCUGGCCACCCAGGGCACUUCUCACCGCUCUUCAGGGAGACCUUCUGGCAGCCUGCCUGCCAGUUCUGUUGACAACGACUCAGCGGACAGAGACAAGGAGGAGCAGGCAGCAGGCUCUCUUCACCCCAAGGACACCUCCACCCACCCCCGGCUAGCCCUGUCCCCCAGCCGUCAGUCUGUCUCCAGCGUCCUGCGGGACAGAAGCUCCGUGCACCAUGGCACAAAACCAGCCUUGGCAGUGCGGAGGCCACCCCAUUCUGGGGCCGUGGAGGAAGAUUCCAGCGCCCCGGCCCCACCCUCGAGACUUUCUCCACCCCAUGGGGGGUCACCUCGCCUGCCACCCACCCAACCACACCCAGGUCCUCCACUCUCCAGGGGCUGGAAGGAUGGUCGUGAGGCACCAGCCACCAACUCCUAUGCACCAUCACGGUCUGCCAUGUCUUCCUCCAUCUCAUCACACCUCUCCUCCAGGACGCAUGUCUCUGGGGGGGUGCAUGCGUCUGAUGGCCAGGGAGACAGUGACAGCGAUGCAGAAGACAGAGGGAGGCAGGCUGAGGCCACUGCCCAGACGCUGCGCACCCGGCCUGCCUCUGGACACUUCCAUUUACUCAGACACAGGCCCUUUGCUACCAAUGGCAGGUCUCCAAACAGGUUCGGCAGCGGUCGCGGACUUCGGCCGCAGCCCUCUGGCUCCCCUCAGUCCACGGUGCCCCCUCGCGUCCACUCCAGGGUUCAUUCUCACCCAGUGCUGCACCCCCGGCUGGAUUCUGGUAUCCAUGGAGACCGGGAGGAUGAGAAGCCACUUCCUGCCACCGUGGUAAAUGACCACGUGCCUUCCGCCUCCAGGCAGCCCACCUCUCAGGGCUGGGACUCCCUAAGAAGAAGCCCCCAGAGAGGGGCCAGCUUGCCUCGGAAGGAGCCCACCCCAGAGAACCCCAAAUCCGCAGGGACGGAUGCGCAUCCUCAGGGCAAAUCCACCUCUCUGUCCUCUAAGGCGCAGGACGUUCAACAGAGCACAGACGUGGUCACGGAGGGCCAUUCUCCCAAAACACAGGCAGUGGCCACGGGCCGCCAACUAUCCCCGGCUCGUCUUCCAGCUGCGCGGACCCAGCACCACCCGGGGUCCAGUGUUCCCCGAAGGAUGACACCCGGCCGGGCCCCAGAAAAGCAGCCCCCUCCUCCCGUCUCCACGGCCCAGCACCUGCCCUCUGGCCCCCAGGACGCCGGACGGUCACUCUCCCAGCCCAAGCUCGCGCUUGCCCCGCCCCGAGCCCGCGUCCCCGGCCGGGCAGGGUCCCAGGCGGGGCAGAAGGAGGGGGGCGCACGCCCGGCCGCCCCCGGGAGGACCGAGUCGCCUUCCAAGCGGCCUCUGCCGUCCAAGUCUCAGCAGUCGGUCUCGGAGGAGGAGGAGGAGGACGCGGGCUUUUUGAAAGGAGGAAAGGAGGACCUUCUGUCUUCCUCUGUCCCCAAGUGGCCCUCUUCCUUCGUCCCCAGGGGCAGCAAGCAUGCCGACGGCAGCCUCGCCAAGGACAAGAGGGAGCCCGUCGUUGCGCUCGCCCACCGCGGAGGAAGCCCCUCCCAGGAAGAGAGCGCGGCUUCCGGGAGGCGACCGCUCCUGCCUCCUCCAGGCAGUCCCCCAAGAACUUCCCACCUACCUCCCCGACAGCCGCCGCGCAGCCCUGCCACCUCGGGCCCCGUGGUGGGCACCUCCACCUGGCCGCGGUACCCCACCCGCGCCCCGCCCAGCUAUUCCUCCACGACCCCCAUGCUGUCCUUGCGCCAGAGGAUGAUGCAUUCCAGGUUCCGGAACCCUUUCUCCCGCCAGCCUGUGAGACCCCCCUACAGACAAGGUUACAACGGCAGACCAAAUGGAGAAGGGCAGGUCCUUCCUGGUAGUAAUGGAAAACCAAACGGACAAAGAAUUAUCAAUGGCCCUCAAGGAACAAAGUGGGUGGUGGACCUUGAUCGUGGGUUAGUAUUGAAUGCAGAAGGAAGGUACCUCCAGGAUUCACAUGGAAAUCCUCUUCGGGUUAAACUAGGAGGCGAUGGUCGAACCAUUGUGGAUCUGGAAGGUACCCCUGUGGUGAGUCCUGAUGGCCUCCCCCUCUUUGGGCAGGGGCGACAUGGCACACCCCUGGCCAGUGCCCAGGAUAAGCCAAUUUUGAGUCUUGGAGGGAAACCCCUGGUGGGCUUGGAGGUCAUCAAAACAACCACGCAAGCCCCCACCACAACUGCACGGCCUACCACUACUACCACCCCCCUGCCUACCACCACGACCCCAAGGCCCACGACCACCACCACCCGCCGUACGACCACUACUCGCCGCACGACCACCACCCGCCGUCCAACCACCGCGCGCCCGACGACCACAAUCCGAACCACCGUGCGGACCACCACCACCACCACCGCCACCACCCCCGAACCCACCACCCCCAUUCCCACCUGUCCCCCUGGGACCCUGGAACGGCAGGAUGAUGAUGGCAACCUGAUAAUGGGCUCAAAUGGAAUCCCAGAGUGCUACCCCGAAGAAGGUUGCUUCUACAGUGGAUCUGAUGACAUUAGGUAUAUCUGGAAAUGUGACGAGCCAGAUGAACAUCUUCAAGAAUGUAUCACAGAGCCAGAUGAACAUCUUCAAGAAU